UACUUGCAGCAUUUUUGGGGACCAGUUGCAAAUUGGGCCAUUCCUUUGGCAGCUAUAGGGGAUUUCCAGAAAGACCCAGAACUGAUCAGUCCUUUUAUGACCCCAGCCCUCAUUGGUUACUCAUCUGCAUUUGCGCGGUUUGCUUGGAUGGUCAAACCUCGUAACCUGCUGCUCUUGGCCUGUCACAUGACCAACAUUACUGCUCAGUGUGUCCAAGCCUGUAGAUACAUCAACUACUUCUACCUGACAAAGCCAGAGGAUAGAAAGAAGCACCAUAUAGAGAUUGUAGAGAAAGAAAUUCACUCUCAUCCAGAGCAGUACCCCAAAGUCCACAUCAAAGACCACCCCUCCCCCAAAGAACAGCUGGAGGAGGUCAAGGAAUUCGACGCAGCAUACAAACUUCCAAAAGAGACACCCGUCAUUACUUAACUUAGAUGUCUCUUAGAUGAAUUUAAUAUCAAAGGAUUUCUAGAUUCUUAUUUAUCUUAAUUUUUUGAACUCAACUUGUUGAUAAUUUAAGAGAUACCAUUUUUUAAUAUGGGUUUUCACAGUGCUAAGAAUAGAGCAAUAAAAAAAUGAGAAAAGAAAUUAUUUAUUGAUAAUGUCUUUUAAGAGGCAAUAUUCACAAAAUUACAGAUAUUUUAAGUUUGCUGUUUUGAAAUGUAUGUUAUACAGUGUAUAUAUAUACUUUAAUCUCUGUAGAAAACUUUUUUUACAAUAGUAAAAAGAAUCAGGGUAUAAUAUUGUUCAGAAUAAGAAAUUUUGGUGAAGAUCUAUAUACCGGUAUAUAAACACCUAUCCCUGUGAUAUUUAAAAUAAUACAUCAGUGUGAUUUACUCAAUAAACUUAACCAGUUUUAAAAUAACUAAUACAUCUAGACUAACUUUUGUUACUUAACUAUUGUUAUUUAUUUUGUCAUAUUUAGUUGCCAUCCAACAUUUAUGUUAGAUAGACCAAACUAAAUGGGAUUUUUUUGACCCAGUUUGAUGCCAGGAGUUUUUCUGUUGUGUUUUCUUUUCUUUUUUGGUUUAUGCAUAAAUGUAAUUUGUGAGGGAUAGUGUGAAAGGCUCUUGCAAAUUGUUAGCAUUAAAGAAAUGCUAAGCAAAUUUGUUGAACUGUAAGUUACAGUAAUAUUUGGAUGAACUGCACUCAAUUGAGCCAUUGAGGUAUACAAUUAAUGAUUUAAAUUUAUUUACCACGCCCUGUUGUGUCCUAAAAAAAGAAUUGUACAGUACAAAUAUCUUGCAUAUUUAGUUAUUUACUCAGAAAUAUAGUCUUCAAAAUAAUUCUUUGUGCCAUGCAGGUAAAAUUUGAUGGAAAAUUGAUGUUUCUAAUUCGUUCAGAAUACUAGUACAAUCAUACAGUAUUUUCACAGUAGAUUUUGGUGUUCUGUGAUUUCUAUCUUGAGAGUUUUAGUGUCAUGUUGAUAAAGAGGGGUGUAAAUAAUGGUAUAAGUAAACAAUGAAAAAUUAAAGCAAAAUUGAUGAAUUCUCAGUUUAAUGAAUAAAGAAAAAAUAUAAAUAGCACAUGAAGACUGCCAAAUCACACUGACAGUAUUAAUACUAGAAUGGUGAAGGGCAUUUAUAUAAGCAGAAUGUAAUCAUUUAAAAUGAAAGUAAAUGUCCAAUAAAAAUAUAACUCAACUGGGAAACUAAUCAAUUUCAAAUUAUUUUUCAAACAAGUUGCAAUUUAUAUACACAUACUAUUUAUUUUCAUGAUCUAAAAUACAUAUCAGUUGCUUUAAUUAAUAUAUAUGUAUUUUCUACACAUUAUCCACUAAUAACAGAGAAUAUCAAAUUCAAGAUGAAAGCAGAAUCUCGAGAUUAUGUUUAUCCACCAUUUUAUAUGUUAUAAUUCUGAUUUACUGUCUUCCUGGGUUUUUUUUUCUGAAUCAGUUAAAAUGUUGAAAAUGAUUUUUAUGACAAUUUAAAGUAAAUAUUCAAAUGUCAUAUAAGAAACAAAUAUGUGCAUUUUGUGGUUAAUCAUUACUAAUACAAUCAGACUUGGUACAAAAUGGCAUUUUGUAUAUGUAAAUAAACUUACAUAUAUGUACAUGAAAACUGUACUUGUCCAAUUGACAAAGGCAUUGCUCAACUGCAAAUUUUGAAAAAUUGUACAAUGUAGCAAGUUUUGGUGAGUUUGAAAAUUUUUAUUUUAUAUUCACCAGUGUAUUAGUUUGGUUUUGUGUAUACAUAUAUACAUUUAAAUCUCCUGUUGACUGUAUGUUUCCACUGUUGAACAAUAAAUAGUUAGAGACCAUUUA